AUGCGUCGAUGGAGCUCCAACUUCCAGCUGCUCGACCAUCUUGCGGUCACCCCUGACUCUGCUCUUCCUCUCCCUCCGCACAUCCAGCCCAUCAGCAAAUCUGGUCGGCUCUGCCUUCAAGGUGCACCCAGAGUCUGCUUCUCACUGCCUCCGCUGACACCUGUCGCCCUGGCCCCAGCCACCAUCCUGGCUCACCUGGAGUAUUGCAGCAGCCUCCUCACCUGCCUCCUGCUUCGAAGGAUGAACUUUACCUCUGCUUCCAAAUGCCCACCUGAGGAGGUGGGCUGCCUCCACCAGCUGACCAUGGCUGUCCAGUCUGUGUCCUUCAUGGUUGGCAUAGUGGUCAAUGGGCUGGAGCUCUGGAUGACCACUUUCCACACGGCCUGCACUGUCACCACCGUCUGGUUCUUCAACCUGGCACUUGCCGACUUCACUGUCUUCCUGUCUCUGCCCAUUGCUGCAUACAGCACGGCCGCCGGCCAGUGGCCCUUCAACGACUCGGCCUGGAAGCUCUACCUGCCCUUCCCAGCCCUCAUUUUCUUAACCAAUCUCCUCCUGGUCCUCCUCUCUGUGGACCAUUGCAUCUCUGUCCUCUACCCCACCUGGGCUCUAAAUCACCACAAUGUGCAGCAUGCCACCUGGCUGGCCAUCGGUGUGUGGCUCCUGGCUGCCAUCACGUGCUCUCCGUACCUGAAAUUCCUGACCAUUGGAAAGUGGGAAGGAUGUGUCCGCUGCUCCUUCAAGUUUGACAUAGAGAAUGAGGGGAGGGAGAACGCCCAGAAUUGGAGGCGAGCGGCUGUGGAGAGACACUUGGCGGUGACCAUCAUUCACUUCCUGCUGGGCUUCUUGGUGCCCCUGGCGAUCCUCAGCACCUGUGCCCACCUCAUCCGCACCAAGCUCCGGCAGGAGGGCUGAGUCCAGGCCGGCCAGCUGAAGAGGUUGCUUCUGGUGUUGGUUGGUGCCUUCUUCAUCUUCUGGUUUCCAUUUAACAUGGCGCUCUUGGUCCAAUUGGGGUGAUUUUUGAUGCUAAGGAAAUCUCAUCACCCCACGAUGCUGCUCAUCCUCUGGGCUACCUUCCCCUUGGUCAACCCUUUCCUCUAAGUCUUCAUUGGCAGAGAUUUCCAAGAGAAGUUUUUCCAGUCUUUGCCUUCUGCCCUGGCCAGGGCAUUUGGUGAGGAAGGGUUUCUCAGCGCCUGUCCCCGAGGUGAAGCCCCCAGGGGGUGA